AUGGUGGGGGCCCCGGAGGGGCCCCCGCAGGGGCCCUUGGAGGGCCUCUCAGGGAGGAGCCCCUUGAAGCUGCCGCACGGGUCUCUAUUAUGCCCCAGCGGGAUCCCUUCACAGUGUGCCUUUACCCCUUUUUGGUCUCGCUCAUUCCGCUCGGGAGGCUUGCUAGGCAGCAGAAGCGGCAGCCACUGCAGCGUGGUGUACCGUGGCCGUGCUCCAGAGCCGAGCUCUCUUCUUUGUUGCUACUUGGGGGGCUUUAAAUUGCAUGAUAAGGCGCUCCCCCUAGGCGGAAUCACGAAAAGUGCAGCCAAUCCUCUCCUUGAGGUCGAGGUCGUCAAUGCUGUCGGCGUCUGCCACUUCCAUCAGCUUCUCACAGAUCAUCCUCUCGCAGUCUGCGCGCAACCCUGCUGCUGCUGCUGCAGCGCCCGCCUGCCAACAGACCCCGAUCCAUACGGCCUUUCCACCGGGGACAGCAAGAAGGCAACAGCAGCGGCUGCAGCGGCUGCUGUGGCAGCAGGCAGCAGGCAUGUCACGGUGUUGGAAGAGCUGCUUCCUUACGAGGCUCUGCAAGAGGCAACAGCCAGGCAAGGCCUGACCCCUGUCUUGGUGUUGCCUUGCGGACUGGCGCACAGCGCCAUUGAAUUAGUGGCCGUAAACCACAGCCUAGAGGAUGUCUUUUAUUCUACCGGACUCCCCAAACACUCCAGAGGAGGGGCUUGUAAAGGUGAGCCCUCUUCUACCCCCCUGUCGGGAGAACGGAGCGAGGGUAAACGGCAGGACGGACGAGCUCGGCACUUCAGCGACAGCAGUGACAGUGACAACCCCUACCUCAGCAAUAGCAGCGAUGAGAAUUCAGAGACAGACUCGGAAGAAGAGUCUGUCCCCCGCCUGUCGGAGUGGGAAGCCUCGAUGCGUGCCGCAGGGUGCUCAUUAGGACUGGAAGGGCGGCGUUUGGCAGAAUUGCAUCCCCACACCUUCCAGUGGACCCGCGGGGAGGGUCAUCGGCUUCGUUCUGAGGGUUCUGUUUGCUGCGAAAGGGACGCUCAAAAAGGCAGUAGCUGCUGCUGCUCAACUUGUUGCUGGUGUCCGAUGGGAAAGGAAGCAGAUUGCAACGGGGGCAUGCGAAACAUUUAUUCUCGAGGGGAAGCUCGGCAUGCUCCGGAUCUACUGGACACCCUGAAGCCGAAGGAGUCCAAUGCUUCGGAACGGCUCCUGGAGGUCCAAACCGAUGACAAGCACCCUUUCAUAAAGCUAAUAUACGCCAGGAACUCGAGAGGCUUCUACGUGGCGAGGCUCCAGCACAAUGAAGAGGGAGUAACGCCAGAAGAAGCGCAGGAUUUCAUGCGAGAAAUCGGAAGGAGGCACCAGAGACGCGGGGACUCGCCAGAGCCUUUCACGAGCGCGGCGGCCUACGAAGCUUUCAGGCAUGAUGGAGGGCUCAAGAGGCAACUGGAAAUCCAAGUGUUGCAUGAUGCGCCGUACGGAUAUCGAGUGCCGCUACAGGAGGGUGGCCUGGCACGCUACAAGGACAGAGAGUCUGGAUCUCUCCGCUUCAAUGUUCCUAAACAGCUCCCCGCGCAUCCUUCAGUCAUCAACAUCGCCGUUAGUCCCGCUGAAGUGGGAGAGGCCGCCCUGCUCUACAGCUCGCAGUUUGUCAGUCUGUGGAAGGCAGAGGAGGCCCGGAUGCAAGUGGAGGUGCCUCUCUCUCUUUCCGUAGUUACGCGCAAUAUUAAGCGGAGUUCGCGACCCUCGAUGCGCUAUAGGCACCGCGUUGCCCUGGCCGAUCCAGCGACGGAGAGCUUCCAAACUCUUUGCUACUUGCCGAACCAAAGACAGACACUUCUUCUCGGCAGCGAGAACCUCUGGGCCCUUGACCUCAGAGCAAAGGGAAUGACACGUCAGUUCCCCGCACUGCAUGCUCCCACUCACGGCAGCAGCCUGCAGUGUGUGGCCGAGACGUUCUACGCGCCUUGCACUGCCAACUCAAGCUACCACACGGCCUUCACUGCCCUGGCUCCCCACCCUACGCACUCGUUCCUCCUUGCCGCUGCUCAUGACGCCACUGAGUGUGUCAGUCUUUUCGACCUUCGAGCAAUGCACGAACCGCUAACCGUCGUUGCCCUGCCCUCCCUCCGCAAGAUGGGGUCGCGGUACAGAAGUCUCAUUUGGCACAGCAGCUGCGAUCAGUCGAAUGAAGUGCAGCAGCUGGACUUCAUGCGGGCCACACAGCUUACUGGCUCGAGGGCCUGCGCUGUUGCUGCUGCUGCCGCCGCACCUCGCUGCGAGAGCUCUUCCUGCACUCAUGACCUCCUUGCCGCCUUCUCGUGGCGCAGCGAAGAUGUUGUCUGCAGCUCUUUUCGUGUGCACCCUGCUUUUUAUCCUUGCAACCCUUUGCGCUCCUCGCCCCCCGCAAGCAGCCCCUAUGCUCCCCGGGAUGCUCACAUCGGGAAGGCUUGGAAUCCAGGUGGCACGCCGGAGCCGAGGGCCCCCGCGUGCAUGCACGAACAACAGACAAGGCCUAACUUUGGAAAAGCCCCGUUAGAGACAAUUAGACGGGGCUGCUUGCCGACUGCAAUCCAAAGGGAAGUCCUGGAGGUUUCUUGGCAAGCGGAGAUAUGCAUGUUCCCUCGCAUCAGUUGGAACCUCGAACACAGGGAGCGUUGCAGCCCGAUUUCUUCGCGGACACCCUUGGGCUCAUCGUGGACUGCGCAGCCUCCGCUACAAGUGACGGUCGACGAGCCUGCAGCCACUAGCACGUUCCACGGCUUCGCUGGCGCCUGUCUGUUUUCGUUGCCGCUCACGCAGGAAGCUCGCCGACUGCUUCUGAACGAGGGCCAACAGGUUUCUCCCUCUCACAUCUAUUGCAGCUCAUGCGGCAGCCGUAACCUGCGUUCCCUGCCUAAAUCUGCAGCCGGGGCCGGAAUGCCUCAAGAAAGUUUCUGUAGGCGCUGUGCUGUCCCUUUAAAGACACUUGGAGCAUGGAGUCAGGGUCCCACUGGCACUAUAGCCGUCCUUGGUGCUUUAACCACGAGUGGCCGACUGACAUGCAGACCCCUAACCCUUAACGAUCCGCUGUUACAGAUAAAAAUGCAUCGCCGCUACCGGCUCUAUGGAACGCUAGCGAGGCGCCAGAGGCGCCUCCAGGAAGCUGUAGCAGAAGAGGGCCCUGCUGCCGGGAUACCUGAGGCCCUCCAACCGAUAUCCCCUCCUGAGGCUUUAGGUGGUGCUCUUUUAUCAUUUCAUGCCCCCCGGCGUUCGGAGCGACUCGUUGAUACCCCAGUAGAUGACGAGUCUGUGGAAACAGACUCCUCGGAGCCACUUCCAGGACGAGGUAAAGGGGCGAUCGAUACGCUGCUGCUCCUCCUGCAAGGCAGCCGCAACGAGUCGCGAGUGCUGCCCCAGCGGAUCUCGGCCUUGCUGCUGCAAGCGCAGCUUCAGCAGUCGUUGCAGCGGGAGAUGCUUCUUCGUGAUGCACUACGGUGGAAGCGAAGGCAGCAACUGCUCCUCAUGAUGCGUGCCCAGGUGGCGGGUUGUCUGGGGCCCUUUUCUAGGGAAUCUUCCGAGUCGCUGAUGCAGCUCUUAAGACAGGGCCUGGAGGCUACGGCUCUUAGCGUGCAGUGGCCUCGAAAACUCUCAGCCUUCUCGUUCUGCGACUCAGGGGCCUUCGGCGUGCAUAAACCCGCUUUUCUUACAGAGGCCUAUGACCCCGAGCCAAUUGUUCAAAUGCUGCUGGCACACACUUGCCUCGAUAAGCAUUUGCACUGCUACCCAGCACAGCCGCUCUCAGAAGAGGGGUCCACACUGGACUCAGCAAGUGCCGAAGAUCGGGUAAGCAAGGGCGUUACUGAGCUAGUGUCUUCUGGGAACCCACAGGGACAGCCAGUCAGGGACACAAGGGAGAGCAGGAAAGCUUCCUGCAGUCUCAACUCUUCCGUUUCGAGUCACAGUUCUCACUCUGAGGAGGAUGACCAGCAAAGGGCCUUGAGCGCAUCAGCUGCAAAGAUGCUCUUGGAGGGGAAACCCAUGGAAACCAGCUUUACACCACAGACCGAGGUGUCGGCGCUUCCUUUCCCCACAGCGAGGAGCCGCGCAGUUUUCCGGUACGCCGUUGAGGCCGUGGAGGCUCUGAGUUACACGACAACUGAAAAGAGUUUAUUGCAGCUGAGAGACGAGGGAACUGUUCUGUUGCAGGAUAUCAUGGUAGCUAUACAGCUCUGGCGUGACAAGGUCUUAGAGGACUCUGAGGUUCUUGCCCUAAUUCGCCCUUUCACUGUCAGCAGGCCAUGCAGCACAGGUUUGCUGGACAUGCAACGGACUACCCUCCCGCUUGUUCAUCCCUUGCCAGCAUCUCCCCAGGAGGCCGUGGAAGCUGCUUUAGGAACGGGUGAAAAGGGGCGAAAAGGCGCUCAUACUUGCCGUGCUGUGAAUCAAGAAGAGAAGGGUACCCGUGCUGAGCUUUUGGCGGGCGACAGUACGAUUAGUGGCACCCAACCCUUAGAGGAGGGGUUGGUGAGUGGCUGUAUGCCCGCAAUUACUAGCGGGAAGGUCCGGGCCGUUUUCAGGAAAGCAGCGAAUCCCGCGGUGGCACCGGCGCUGCCGUGCUUUUGCAGCGUCCUGAUGCAGCACCACUGCGAUUUGCACUCGUGUGUGCAAGGAAAGAGAACAGAGGACUGGAUUCAGGUGGCUUUAGGAGAUUCACUGACGAGGCAGUAUCCGCAAACGGAUGGCCUGCAGGCGUUAUUGCAUGUACUGAAGGCUGAAUACCAGAAGUGGCUUGCAAUGCGACCCUCUCCAAGGGUCCUGAGGGACACGUGCUUCCUUCCUCAGGCUACUGUUGACGAGCUGGCUGAAGCCUUGUUUCUGACACACGAGGUGCUUCUGUUGCCAGAAACAGCGUACAAGAGUACCCCGCGAGGCUCUUGUGUGACCAACGCUGCAACUGACACGCCAGUAAGUGACGAUGGGGAUAACGCAACUUUUUUCGUAGCAUCCGCGGAAAAGUCUGCCUGCGGGAGCUUAUUAGAUAGUGCUCGUGGACUGGGCGGCACGGAAGACGUGGAUGGGAGCUUCCAGGGACACCACCAACUGGAUUGCACUCCUAAGGGUCCCCCGCAUUCAAGGAACAGCGAGACCAGCAUGUUGGCGAGAAACCUUCUGUGUGGAACUAACUGCCCCGUGGAGUCUCCCUGGCUUCCAGCAUACUGCGUUUCCCGUCACAUGCAUGUAUUUGUACGGAGAGAAUUGUUGUUAUCAGAAGACGACGAGCUGCAGCAUGCACUGCAGCAACGGGCGUGGCCAGACCUUCUGCAACAGCAGGAACGAGAGCAAGCGGCGGCAGCUGACCACGCUUUUGGUACUGGGCACUGCUUCACGCCAUACCCUAGUAUGCCAUGCUUGCAACUUCCUCAAUCUAUGCAGACUCGCCUGCCUGAUCAUGUUGUGGAUGGCCUGGUACGCAGCAAGUGGGGUCGGCUUCUCUGUGGAAUCGCCAUCAACGACGUUCUUAUUGCAGAUCUGCUCAGACACUGGGAAGUCUCCGCUGUACAGCGUCUACGCGAGUCCCGGGAAGAGCAGCGCGAGAAGGGAGCUGAGCUUACAUGUGGGAAGGCAAGCGGCGUCUCCCGGUCGGAGCCUUCCAUUAUUGCGGAAUCCUUGGCAAACGACGCACCAGGUCCAGUUGCCGACGAAAUUCGCAGGCUCCUGCUGCUACUUCCGGAGUCAUCUCAGGGUUUUUCGCUGUUUGCUAGCGUUCAAACAAGACAACAGCAACAAAGGCGUGCCCAGGCAGAGCGGCAGCAGCUUCUUGACUCGAUUGCACGGGCAAUGCUCCAGUAA